AUGGAUGAUGGGGAUGCAAGGCAGUACGAGAGUAUUCGCCAACAGCCGCAACAAGAGCCGCUGAGGGCGUGGGAGGGGCAAGCAAUCGGCGCGGGCCUGCCUCCGGCAGGUGAAACUGCCUCAGGAUCUGCGGGGGAGGCGAGGUUGAAAAAGGGUCCUAGCCCAGGGCCUCCCGGCCGCUGGCCAGCGCUGGUCAUGCUGCCAGCAGCGAUAUGGGGGGUAGCGUGGGCAUCCACUGUAGGCCUCGCAAGCAUCUGCUACGCCGCUCUGGCAUCUGCCGCCGCUAUUGCGGCCGCCGCCUUUGGUAGCCUGGCGCCCGGUGCCACAGCGGCGGCAUCUCGGUUCGGUAUCGCUGAUUCCAAUGCCGCAGCAGCCGCAGCAGUGGCCUCUGUUGAUUGGGUGGACGUGGCCCUGCGCACGGCGGCGGGGCUCAUGGACGGCGUGGGGGGUUCAGGGCGGGUUCACAUCCUGGAAGCACUGCAGGACGCGGGCAGCAGCCCCGGAGCGGCAUGGGCGGUGACGGUGGUGCUGCCAGGGCUGUGCGCGCUGGCGGGCGGCUGCAGGGCGGUGGCGACCGCUGUCAGGACGGGACUGCCCUGGUUGGAGCCCCUGGCGCAGAUGGCGGCUGCUGCCGCAGGCCUGGGGGUGCUUACAGUGCUGGCAAUGCCACUGCGACGAUUCCUAGCGCCCCUGGUGCCGGUCCUGCCGCGGGAACGUCCAUCGGGCGCAGUUUCUGCCGCUUUGAGGGUCGGCGGCGCCGCAUGCAUGGUUGCCGUACUGACGGCCUUGCAGACUCGACAGCUUGCGGCACCGCCGUUGGUUCCCAGCAUCCGUAGUGCAGUAGCAGCCGCCGCCACGUCAUCGCCUCUGCUGCUCCAAACCCAGGCAGUGCUUUACGGCGUCACAGCAUCAGUGAGCGACGCUCUGCUACCGGCAUGUACAGCGGUGUUUGCGGGGAUUGCUAUAUAUGCGUUGUUGCAACGGCAGUACGCUGGGGAGGCUGGAUUGAAGCAGCAGUUGCAUGUGCGAGAGACAGGGGCGGAGGUCUUGCCCAUUACAAGCGCAAACGCGCCUAGUGGUCAGGCUGCCGGGAGCACAGAUGCAACAGCGGCCGUGGAUCGAAGAUUAGCUGCGUUCGGGGCCGUCAGAGCCCUGGCGGCGUGCCGCUUGGUGCUAGAUGCGCUAUUACUGGUCGCGGUGGCGAUGGGCGUGCUUCCAGGCAAGAUUUCAGCUAUUGGGGAUGCUCUGGCUGCUCCAGAUUGCGGCCCAGCUGUAAAAUGCACGGGGAAAUGGACUCAGUGGCGUGCCGAAGAUGCUGCCGCCAACAAUUGGGAGCAGGGUCUGGCUGUCGUGCGGUUUGGUUUGUCGGACUCCCAACGUGUCCGGCCCAAGUCCGGAGAGGGCCGGUGGGCCAGUGGUGCGCGGAUAGAACUUUAG